GCCAGCGCCGUGUCCAGAGCGCGCAGCCCGCCGGCGAGUGCGCACCGGGACCCGCUGUUCUCUCGGCCCCGCGACCCCUGCCUCCCGGGCCCCCGGCGCGCGGCAUGGCGCCCUCCCAGGUCCUCGCGUGCGGGUUCCUGCUCCUGGCGGCUACGGCGGCGGUGGGCACAGCCCAGGAAGCAUGUAUCUGUGAAAACUACAGGAUGACCACAAACUGCUUUUUGGACAACGGUCAGUGCAAGUGCACCGCCUAUGGCACACAGAACUCUGUCCUUUGCUCAACAUUGGCUUCCAAAUGUUUAGUGAUGAAGGCAGAGAUGACUCAGUCAAAGUCUGGGAGAAGAGCAAAGCCUGAAGGAGCAAUCCAGAACAACGACGGGCUGUACGACCCCGAAUGUGACGAACACGGCCGCUUCAAAGCCAAGCAAUGCAACGGCACGUCCACGUGCUGGUGCGUGAACAGCGCCGGCGUCCGAAGGACCAACAAGGAUUCGGAGAUCCAGUGCUCCGAGACCGUGCAGACCUACUGGAUCAUCAUUGAACUAAAACACAAAGAAAGAAAGCAGCCUUUUGACCUUCAGAGUUUACAGGCUGCCAUUCAGGAGGUGCUCACAAAACGAUACCUGCUGAAUCCAAAAUUUAUCACCGAUAUUGUGUAUGAGAAUAAUGUUAUCAUUAUUGAUCUGAUGCAAAAUUCUUCUCAGAAGACUCAGAAUGAUGUGGACAUAGCUGAUGUAGCUUAUUACUUUGAAAAAGAUGUUAAAGGUGAAUCCUUGUUCUCUUCUAAGAAGAUGGACCUGAGAGUAAAUGGGGAACCAUUGGAUCUGGAUCCUGCUCAAACUUUAAUUUACUAUGUUGAUGAAAAACCACCCGAAUUUUCAAUGCAGGGUCUAACAGCUGGUAUUAUUGCUGUCAUUGUGGUUGUGAUACUAGCAAUUAUUGCUGGAAUUGUUGUGUUGAUUAUUUCCAGAAAGAAGAAAACAACGAAGUAUGAGAAGGCUGAGAUAAAGGAGAUGGGUGAGAUGCAUAGAGAACUCAAUGCAUAACUGCUAUACUCAGAAGAUUCACCACAAGAAGGGAAAUUAGCAAGAAGAUUACAAAUGCAUGAAUGUGGAACAAAAAGAUGUUUGAGUAUUGCUGUGUUGUUAACAUAUAUUUGUAAUAGAGAAACUUGUAUUCAAAAUAUAAGCAGCUUGAAAUUGGCAAUAUCAGUCUUAAAAUCUGACCAUAAGUGUCUUAUAUGUGCAGAUUUAAUAUUAAAGCCCAGAACAUGGACUGCAUAGUUAAAAUACGUGUAAUACUGAAGAGUAUGUUCAAUAUGCUUCCACAGUAGAGUCCAAAAGAUCACUGUCUUUUGUUUGUGAUUGAAAGCUGCUUUUCUAGUUACUUUGAGACUUGUACUGUACAUACAAACUUUUUUAUGAAGUAUGAAAUAAAACAUUUUUAAACAGAA